CUCUCUCAGUAUCGUAGCCGCAAGACUCCUCUCCGAUUCGAAAACCCUCUCCCUAACAUAGAACGAAAAUCAAGUGUGGAAAAACGAAUUAAUAUUUAUUCCCUUUGGUCUGUCAAAUCUGUAGUUAAUUGCAAAAGGAUACAACACAAACAAUCAUGCCUCUGGGUGAAACCUCUCUGCACGAGACACACUACGAGAUUCUGUCCGUAAAAGAAGAUGCAAGCUACGACCAAAUCCGCAACAGCUAUCGAUCCGCCAUCCUCCACUCACACCCAGACAAGCUAAACACCUCUCGCUCAGACGACGAAAAGUUCCUCAAGAUCCAAAAGGCUUGGCAAGUCCUAAGCGAUGCAGAGCUACGCGUGCUUUACGACAACCACCUUCGAUCUUGGAGACAGGAGGAGGACGGAGCCACUGCUGAUGAGAUAAGUGUAGAGGAAAUGUCGGUGGAGAUGAGUGGAGAAGACGUGGAGCUUUUUUAUCAGUGUAGGUGUGGUGAUUACUUCUCUGUUGAUUCCUCUGAGCUUGAAACUAUGGGGUUUGCGUUUUCGUUGUUGAGAGACGACAAGGGUGUCUGUGUUCAAGUUAGGAGAUUGGGUGCUUCUGUGGCGUCUGUGGUUCUUCCUUGUGGGUCUUGUUCUUUGAAAACUAGAGUUUGCCUUCAUUAUGAUAUCAACAUUCCUUUCCAAGAAUAGAGGAAUCUAUCUUAAAAGGUGGACCGAUGAUCUUUGAAUGUGUCAGAUAGAUUCUUUUAGGGCAAGUAUGACUUGUGACGUAUAUGAUUUUGGUUGGUUCGGAUUUAGACAUUCUUCUACAAGCUUGUUCCUUUUGUGACUUUGUACUCAUUUUUUAAUAUUAGUUGGUGUAAUCAGAGCAAGUUCCACUUGUUGCUUAUGUGGUAA